AAGAGAAUAUAACCAUAAAGCUUAUUCUUUCCUUUGUUCUUAUUCCCUUUUCCAGUUUUUCAUAUUUAAAUAAACUCAUCAUAAACCCUAAAUGCACUUUCAAUCUUUGUGGAAAAGCAAUCCAACAAUCUGAUUUUCCUCGUUUCAGGUGAUUUCUGCGCCGUAUAGGUGUACAUUUGGUAGUGAUAGGGAGGAGGGGUGCUGCAAGGCCCUUGUAGGAACUGAUCACUAACAAUGCGGAACAAUUUGGCAAAUUUCAUAGAUGGUGAUUGGGGUUCAUCAGAAAUGUUUCCCAUCGAUCCUCUCAUGCCUUAUGGUAUUGGAGCUAAUUUUAUCUCCCAUAUUUCAUUGAUUGUUGAUAGUUCUAGAAAUUUAUAUGUGCCUGGCAGUCAAGCACUUCAAGAAGCUUUUAAGUACUUUUCAAAAUAUGCUGGCGCAUUACUAGUCUGGUUCGCCAGUGGAUCAAAUUCUAGAGUAAAUAACCAAAUAUCAAGAGGUUCAAGAAACACCACGUCUAGAAUGUCUAUACAAUCAAAACAAACAGCUUCAAGUAGUCAUAAUUUCAUGCAACUCUUCUGGCAAUCAAGAUGCAAAGGGAAAAUUACCAUUCCUGCGAUAUUUAGUAAGAUUUCAAAGUUUACCAUGAAUCAAAUGUACAAAGAAGCAAAACAUCUUCAAUCAAUUCCCGUGCUCUCACUAGCUGCUGCUUUAGUACCUCCAUUUGACAAUUUCUCUGGUGAUGCUCUAUCUGUUCAACUGGAUAGCAGCGCUAUGGAAUCACAGAGUGGUGAGUAUCAACGGCCCUGUGAGGUUGAACACCGGGCGUGUGAUAAUUCGUUUUUCCAGAAUUUAAAUUGGUCUAGACAUGCAGUUGAGCCCAGAACGGGUAUUGAGUUUCCCACUAUCUUGGACAACCUAAUAACCGGGGAGCGAAAUUCCAGUUUCACAUCAGAGGUCCUUGUUGGGACUGGAUCCAGAAUAAUGAAAAUUAUCAGAAUUAAAUCCCUGAAGGUUUAUGCAUUUGGCUUCUAUGUGCAUCCUUUUGAUGUUUGCCGGAAGUUGGGUUGGAAAUAUGCCUCAGUUCCUUUUUGUGAACUCAACAAACGACAAGAUUUUUAUCAGGAUCUUCUGAGGGAAGACAUUAGCAUGACUGUAAGGCUUGUUGUUAGCUGCAAUGGAAUCAAAAUCAACACAGUCCGAGAUGUCUUUGAGAAAUCUCUUCGAGCUCGGUUGUUGAAGGCUAAUCCUAACACCAAUUAUCACUGUCUAGAAGCAUUUGGUUCUAUGUUCUCUCAAGAUAUACCUAUACAUGCAGGUACAACAAUCAAUUUUCGACGAACAACUGAUGGACAUCUUAUUACCGAGAUUGGAGGCAACCAUAUUGGAGCAGUUCAGAGUAGAGAAUUGUGUAGGGCAAUUUUUGAUAUGUACAUUGGCGAUGUUCCUAUAUGUGAGGAAACAAAAGAAGAGAUCGGGAAAAAUGUUGCAAGUAUCAUUAGGGGGUGUUAAAAAGAAGCGGUUUUAUCUUUCUGCUUUCACAAGAGCGCAGUUUGCUUGCUGCCAACGGCCCAGGGUUCUUGAAGCACUUGACUUCAUAGUGCAGUUAUCAAGGAAGCAUAGCGUCCCAAUUACUUGGACAUAAAUCUCAAAAUGAGCAUAGGUUUCACGAGGAUAAAUGAUGUUCGGUAAAUUAGUACUCUCUUCGUCCAGUACUUGUCCACUUUUGACUUUGGAACAUACCUUAAGAAGCAAUAAAUAGAGGGUGAUUUUGUAUCACCACUUGAAUAUAAUUAAUUUUUUUGCUUUGGAAAAUGGAAUAAGUGAUAUAUUGUAUUUAAUAUCAAGGGUAAAAUGGGUAAAAAAGGUAAA